AUGUCCGGUGCCAGUGUCAGUGCCCGGUGCCGGUGCCGGUGUCGGUGCCCGGUGUCGGUACCCGGUGCCGGUGUCAGUGUUGGUGCCCGGUGCCGGUGUCGGUGCCCGGUGCCGGUGCCCGGUGCCGGUGCUCGGUGCCGGUGUCAGUGUCGGUGCCCAGUGCCGGUGUCGGUACCCGGUGCCGGUGUCAGUGUCGGUACCCGGUGCCGGUGCCGGUGCCAGUGCCGUGCCCGGUCCUGCAGCGCCGUCGGGGGGCGGGGCGCGGGGGGCGGUGCCGGGGCGGGGCGGGGCGCUGCCCGUGCCGGUGCCGUUGCCGGUGUCUCGGCGGCGGGAGCCGGUGCCGGUGCCCGAUGCUGCCGCAGCCCGAGCCCGAGCCGGGCCCCCCCCGGGCGCCCCCCGCUCCGCGCCCGCCCGCGCCGCCCCUCGCUGCGGGACCCGCGCCGCCUCCCCGCCCGCUUCAGCCGCCGCGGCUCGGCCGAGCUGGAGCUGCUGGGCUGCCCGGCACCGCCCGGGGGGACCGGGGCGUCCCCGCCGCCGGGAGCCCGGCGGGAACCGGAGGAGACGGAGAGCGAGGAGGUGGAGACCCGGGCGGUCGCUACCUCGCCCGACGGCCGCUUCCUCAAGUUCGACAUCGAGAUCGGGCGCGGGUCCUUCAAGACCGUCUACAAGGGGCUGGACACCGAGACCACCGUGGAGGUGGCGUGGUGCGAGCUGCAGACGCGGAAGCUGUCCAAGACGGAGCGGCAGCGGUUUAGCGAGGAGGUGGAGAUGCUGAAGGGGCUGCAGCAUCCCAACAUCGUCCGCUUCUAUGACUCCUGGAAGUCAUCCAUCAAAGGGCAGCUCUGCAUCGUGUUGGUCACAGAGCUCAUGACGUCUGGCACCCUGAAAACCUAUCUGAAGCGGUUCAAGGAGAUGAAGUUGAAGGUGCUGCAGCGCUGGAGCCGGCAGAUCCUCAAGGGGCUGCAUUUCCUGCACACCCGCUCACCCCCCAUCAUCCACCGUGACCUCAAGUGCGACAACAUCUUCAUCACGGGCCCCACCGGCUCGGUCAAGAUCGGGGACCUGGGUUUGGCCACGCUCAAGCGAGCUUCCUUCGCCAAGAGUGUCAUAGGUACCCCCGAGUUCAUGGCACCAGAGAUGUAUGAAGAGAAGUACGACGAGGCUGUGGAUGUCUACGCCUUUGGGAUGUGCAUGCUGGAGAUGGCCACCUCUGAGUACCCCUACUCGGAGUGCCAGAACGCUGCCCAGAUCUACCGCAAGGUCACCUCGGGUCUGAAGCCCAGCAGCUUCUACAAGGUGAAAGUUCCAGAGCUGAAGGAGAUCAUCGAGGGCUGCAUCCGCAUGGACAAGAAUGAGAGGUACACCAUCCAGGACCUGCUGGAGCACUCCUUCUUCCAGGAGGACACGGGGGUGCAUGUGGAGCUGGCCGAGGAGGACGAUGGUGUCAAGUCUGGGCUCAAGCUCUGGCUGCGCAUGGAUGACACCAAGAAGCUGCACGGCAAGUACAAGGACAACAACGCCAUCGAAUUCCUCUUUGAGCUCUACAAGGACGUGGCAGAGGAGGUGGCCCAGGAGAUGGUGGUCCUGGGCUUCGUCUGUGAAGCCGACUACAAGCUGGUGGCCAAGGCGGUGCGGGACCGUGUGGUUGCCAUCAAGCGCAAGCGGGAGAAGCUGAAGCGCGCCCAGGACGUGCCGUUGCCUCUGGAGCCAGAGCAGCCACCGGGUGUCUUGCAGUUGCUGGAUGAGCUCAAGUCCCCGCUGCCGCCUGGCACCCCCACACCUACCCCAGCUCCCCCUGGCUCCGGGGAUUCCGUUUUUGGCAGCGCCUUCCCACCAGAGCCCGAGGAGCCGGAGGCUGACCAGCACCAGCACUUCACCUACCGGCACACCAGCUGCUCCUCAGCCACGUCCGACUGCGAGACAGAUGGCUACCUGAGCUCCUCCGGCUUCCUGGACUCCCCAGACCCAGCGUAUCACAGCUUCUCAGCAGGGGACCCCGCCAGCCCACCACCCACCCACCCUGCACGCUGCUUCCCCACGAGCAUCGCGGUGCAGCUGCCCACCGAGAACCUCCAUCCCGCCAGCGGAUUCUCCUCCCCGGUGGACAGCUACGCCUCAGACGUGGCCUCCGGCAUGAGCGAUGGCUGUGAGGGGCUCUCGGCCGGUGAGCAGAGCGCCAAGCUGCCACCAAAGCGGGCAUCUGGGAAGCUGCUGCGGCGCCGUGCCCGGUCCAGGCUGCGCAUCACCAACAUCUCCGACAACAACGACCGGGUGGUGGAGUGCCAGCUGCAGACCUACAACAACAAGAUGGUGACCUUCAAGUUUGACUUGGAUGGGGACAACCCAGAGGAAAUCGCGGCUGUCAUGGUCCACAACGAGUUCAUCCUCAAGUCGGAGCGGGAUGGCUUCAUCCACCGCAUCCGGGACAUCAUCCACCGUGUGGAGACCCUGCUCCGCAAGGAUGGGCGCAGCACCACCGAGAUGCCUGAAAGCCCCGAGGCCGAGCGUGGCACAAGCAGCCCCCAGGCAGACCUGCGCUUGCCGGAGCUCUCGCGCUCCAUCUCCUCGUCCUCACUCAGUGACCUGGGCUGUGCCAGUCCCAGCCUCUCAGUCCAGUCGCCCGUCCUGCCAUCGCUGAGCAGCUCCCAGUCGGAGAACGACCUCGCCAGCCCCACGGAGCCACCGGCAGCCCCAGCCCCUGAGCAGCAGCCGGCAGUGCCGGGGUCCCCCACAGGCUCCGUGCAGACCUGGCCCCUCGUCUCUACGGCUCCCUCCUGGCUGACAGCAUCACCGAUGUUCCCACAGACCCCCCCAAGCACCCCAGGGAGCCCCAUCCCACCAGCCGUGCCUCAGACCCUCGCGUCCCUGCUGCCGCUCCCCACAUCCCCCGUCCCCAGCAGCCCCCUGAGCCCCACUGCCACCAGCUCGCCCUGGUCCCCCACCGCCCCACUCCUGUCCCUGGCCAACGUCUUCUCCCUGGCAGUGAUGAGCGUGGCGCACACGCUGCUGCCCGCCGUCUCCUCCAUCGCCAGCUCCGGAGGGCACCUCUACCCGCAGCUGCUGCCGCGGCCGCAGAGCCUGAUCCUGGGGCCACCGCGCUUCACCUACCCUGACCCUGCCAGCAUGGCCAAGCCAAACCCGGCCAGCGCUGGGACACCGGGCUCAGCGGGGGCUAACGUCCCCACUGCCGGGGCACCUGGGCCAUUCUCUGCCCCUGUGCCAGGCCCUGCGGGCAGCGAGGCCACAGGGACAACCACGCCAUCGCUGAGCGCAUCCACACCAGGGAGCCCAGAGAGCAGCACGGUGCCACCCGGCUCCAAGUCCAGCCGCACACUCGUCAUCUCAGAGUCGCCAGCGCCCGGCGUGCCCAAGAUCCGGCUCUCAACCAUCAACGAAGAAGCCAAGCCCCGGAUCCUGGGCCGGUUCCAAGUGAUGCCAACGAAGGACCCGUCUGGAACCUCCCUAGUGCCAGGCAGCGUGGAAGGCGAGAAGCGCGGGGCAGAGCCGGCAGCGAGCAGCUCCCCCCUGCCUGCAGCCCCCGACACAGGGAUCAGCACAAGUAGCGACUCGGGCUCGGUGCUGGGGAUGGCUGAGCAGGAUCCUGAGGCAGCGCUGGCUGAGGAGGGGACGGUGGUGCCAGCUGAGAGUGACCGGGACGGCCCUGGGGAGGAGGGCACUGAGAACACCCCACCAGCGGUGCUGAGCCAGGUGUGGCUGAGCUACUCCCGCAGCUUGUCCUACCUGAGCAGCGAUGACAGCGAGAGCGAGGACGAAGAGAUCUGGGAGGAGCUGCAGAUUCUGCGCCAGAAGCACUUGGCCGAAGUGCAGCUGCUGCAGAGCGCCCAGAAGAAGGAGAUCGAGGAGCUCUACCUGCGGAUGGGGAAGCAGCCGCCACUGGGCAUCGUCUCCCCUGCCGCCAUGCUCUCCAGCCGCCAGCGACGCCUCUCCAAGGGCAGCUUCAACCCCUCCCGCCGCAACAGCCUCCAGCGCCUGGAGCUGCCGCAGCCCCAAGGCAUCAUGCGCCGUAACUCGCUGAGCGGCAGCAGCACGGGCUCGCAGGAGCAGCGGCUGAGCAAAGGGGUGACCUUCGCUGAUGACUUCGGACGGAUGCCGGCUGGCCAGGAGUGACUUCAUGAACUACCUCAACCAAGUGCCUACUGCCCUGGGAUGGCGAGGAGCCCCUGCGCCCCUCAGGGGGACGGCGUCAGCCUUGGGGCAGCCACCACCCUCACAGCGAGGGGUGCCCGGCCCCCCGCUGCACCCGUGGCUGGGUGCCACUGCCUCUGUAUCAGAGGGAGGGCAGCCCUGUUCCACACUUCCCCUCCACUCUUUUCCCUCGUUGUGCCUCAAGGUCCCUUCCCCACCAUUCCCAGCCCACUUCCUCAAGGACGCGUGCAAGGCACUGCCAUCCUUCAUGGCUUUACUCCACACUGAAGCCACACAGGUAGAACCAGGCCCCACCAGCACCCUGCCCUGUACAGAACCACCCCCACUGCACCCCAGCCACCAGAUGUCCCCACCCCUGCUACCACGCUGCCCCCCAGCCCCGCUCCCUCCGUGGGGCCAAGCCCAGGGCUGCCCCGCUCGCUGCUGCCCUCGUCUCACCCCACACAGCUGAGACUCAGCUGGCUGCGGAGCACAAAGAGCCUCCCUCAGCCCCAUAAGGCGAUGGAGCUGGUGCCCCAGGAAUGGCAGCGGGGGCACUUUGUUAUAAACCAAUGUCUGGAAAGCAUUUUCAUAAAUAUGGAUUCAAUACAAGCAGGGUCUGUCUGUCAGCAUGUGGGGCCACUG